AUGCUGCCCCAGUAUCACACCAUCGUCCUAUCCUCAUCCGACACCGACUACCUUGACCAACUCAUCCCUUCUAUCCGCGAAUACAGCCAUGGCAACCGAACAACACAACUCCUACACUCCCUCACCAAAUUCGCAGAUGACCGCGAAGCGAAGAUCGAAAGCAUAUGCAAUUCUACACACCAAGACUUUGUCUUCUCCGUUAACCAACUUCUCCAAGUCCGCGAAGGAACCGUCAAUCUCACGGAGGAAAUUCUCGGGCUCAACCAGUCCAUCCUCGCCAGCACAAAGCGCCUAGCCGAACAAAAGAAGGCGCUGGUCGAAUCGCGCAGCCAUCGCCAGAACAUCGACGAGACCUCCAAGGCACUACAGGACUGUUUGGAGGUUCUACGUCUAGCAAACCAGGUCUAUGAACUACUUGCUAAGAAGAACCAUUAUGCCGCGCUCAGGGCUCUGGAUGAGUUACAGAAUGUUCACCUCAAGGGAGUCACGCAAUAUAAGAUCGCGGAAGUUAUACAGCGGUCUGUACCGAUGACGCAAAAGGCGAUUGCGGAUGCGGUCAUGGCCGAUUUGAAUACGUGGUUAUAUCGCAUUCGUGAAAUGUCGCAGUACCUGGGUGAACUGUCGCUUUUCCACACGGAUAAGCGAAAGGAAAGACUAACAGAGCGGAGUGAGAAAAUACCUUACCUGUCGCGGUUUAAACUCAAUUCAGCCAUAGAGCUGGUAUCUGAUGAGAUGGAGGAAUUUGAUUUACUUUAUAAUGAUGAUCUGCAGGUGGACUUCUCGCCCUUGCUCGAGUGUAUGCAUAUACAUCAAUCUCUGGGCCAGAUGGACAAAUUCCAGGCUGAGUAUGCCACCACACGAAGGCAUCAGAAGGAUCUGUUACUGCCUACCUCCAUAACUUUGCUGUCAGAAGAUGGCUCGAGUCUUCAUACCUUGCUUGAAGAGAUUGCUGGUUUUGCGUUGGUCGAGCGAGCUACAAUGAAGAGAGUUCCUGAGUUGAGAUCUCCCGUGGAUGUCGAAGAACUAUGGGAUUCAAUGUCUCAGACCGCUGUUGGGUUGAUCUCAAAAGCGCUACCGACUGUCGAUAACUCAGAGGAUAUUCUUAAGAUCAAGAAUCUUAUUACUCUUUUUAUGCAGACAAUGAGUGCAUUCUCUGUUGGUCCUUUCGAUAGACUCCUUUUAACAUUAUUCGAGAAAUAUACCGAACUACUAAAGAGAAGGUUCAGCGAUGAUUUCCAAGAGAUUGUUCAAACAGAUGACUACAUGCCUAUGCCUAUCCGGAGUGACGAGGAGUAUGACAAAGUUCUGAAUGUCAGCUGGUAUACUCCUGAGAAACCUCGAGAAGAACAAACAUAUCCUUGUGUUCUCCCGUUCUCACAGAUGUAUCCAUUAUGCUGCAUCGAUAUCAGAAACCUUUUAAACCAGUUUUACUAUUUCUCAGGGGACAACUUCAAUCAUCCAGACGUUAUAGACGAAACUGUCCGAAGCUCACUGGACGAGCUCCUCUGCAACAAAGUAUGCGAAAUGCUCACGGAGCGCCUUGGUUCCCAAUACCUUGGCCAAAUAGUCCAAAUCCUCAUCAACCUAGAACACUUUGAAAUCGCCUGCCAGGAACUAGAAGUCCUCCUCGCAGCGGCCCGAUCAUCCAACUCCGGCGAGGGUCCUAUCGCCCUCAACGCCACGGAGAAAUUCCGCAUGAACAAAAAAGCAGCUGAGAAACGUAUCUUCGAAGUCGUCAACUCGAAGAUCGAUGACCUUAUCGAAACAGCCGAAUAUGAAUGGAACGCGCCCAAGCUGCAGAUGGAGCCAAGUAACUACAUGCAGACGUUGACGAGAUUCUUGUCGAACAUAAUGAACUCUACCCUUCUUGGCCUGCCCACGGAAAUCAAAGAGCUUAUCUAUUUCGAUGCCCUCAGCCAUGUCGCUAGUAGGGUUAUAGCCCUCCCCCUCGAUCCUGAGGUCAAAGUAAUCAACCCUAACGGGGUAGCUGCUUUGGCUCGAGAUGCAGACUACCUGUCCAAAUUCGUGGAUAGUCUAGAAGUCCCCAUCCUACGUGAAAACCUUGAUGAAUUACAGCAAACGGUCCAAUUGAUGAUGGCCGAGAACACGGAUGAGUAUUACGAUAUUGCGGUGAGAAACAAGAAGUAUGGACGCAUUGAUCCUAUGAACGGACCUGUCUUGCUCGAAAAGCUUUCUCGAGCAGUAGUACAAAGCCCAACCAAACCAGAUAGCAAAUUCAGCUUGUCAAAUCGCUUUGGAAAGAAGUAUUGA